AUGGCGCCAACAACGAAACCCGUUCAAUUGAAGAAAACGAGAAAUCGGCGGUCAAAUAGGAAGCAGAAGAAGGUUGGUUUUUCAUCAAUUUUUCAAAGUUAUUUUCGAAGUUUUUAUAGAACCAUGGUCAAAAUGUGGAGAUGAAUGUGCCAAAAAUUAUUGGGCAGGGAAAAUCGAAAUCGAAGGCAAAUAAUGAGAAAAGGAAAAACGAGAAGAUUGUUGGAAUUGAGAAGACAAAGAUAAAAAAAAAGAAAAAUAAGAAAGUUGUUGGAAUUGUAGAGCAGAAGAAUAAGAGCGAGAAGACGAUUGCGAAAAAGACAAAUGAGAAGGUUGUAGGAACUGUAGAGAAGAAGAAUAAGAGGAAGAAGAAGAAGAUCGAAAAGAAGACAAAUCAGAAGGUUGUAGGAAUAGAAGAGCAGAAAAAGAAGAUCGAAAAGAAGAAAAAUAAGACGGUUGUUGGAAUAAAAGAGAAGAAAAAGAUCCAUGAAGAAAUUGGGACAUCGAACGAGAAAACAAUGAAAAAUAUGACGAAAUAUAAAAUCUUCAAGACAAAUAAAAGAGUAUUUAUAAAUCAAAGAGGAACGAUUUGGGAUAUAGUGAGUUAAAUUCUUAUCAAAACUCAAAAUUCAAACAUUUUAAUUACAGAUCGGUUUGCCAACUGAAGCUUUAAUUCAGGAAAUUGUUGGAGAGGAUUUGUUGGAAGAUCUUCGAAAAUCUGAAAAAGGAUAUGAACGUUUGGCGCAGUUUGUCUACGAAUUCAAAUCCAUAUUCUGGAAUUUCCGAGGAGACUUAGAAGAUUUCAAAAGUGUACUAGCAGCUGUCGGUCACAUGUUGAAACUUGGAGAAUGUUUAGGAUUCGAUGCGGCUAUCUUUGAAGAAUUCUUCACGUGUCCCACGAAACAAUUUUUGCCAGUAAUUGGAAUCUCGAGAACAACACACAGUUUCAAUUUACACACAUUCUUUCACAAAUUGCUGGAGGGAAUACCAGAAAAAUGGAGAAAAUUUGGCGAAAAUAUCGAUAGAAACACUUUUCGUCUAUUGAUGUUGGCUCUUUUCAAUAUUCUUGUUGAAUCUGUCAUUGGAAUUAUCAAGUAAGUUUUUCACACAAAAAACAAAUGUUUCUGAGGUUUUUUUUCAGCACAAUUAUGAAAUUCGAAUCGCAUUCCAAACUUUUCACAGGAUGCUCUUUGGUUUUUCACGGACCAAACAAAACAGUUAGUUUCUUUUUUUUUCAUGUGACAGUUUGACAAAAUUUCUCUGAUUUUUCAGAAGUCACAGUCGAAGAUUCAAGCUCCCAAACGAACUCACCCAAUGCCACCAAUUCCCAUUGAAACAAUUUCGGUUGCUGUGAGUUUUUUUUUCGAAUUUUCUGGCCAACAAUCAAAAAAUUGCAGGUUACAUCACAAGAUCUUCCACAAAUUCAACAUCAAAAUGAUUAUACACCACAAGAAGAACUCCAAGCUUAUCGGGGAAUUUGGACUUCGGAUUUUGGAGGACCUUGGGGAUCAAAUGUUGGAUUUGAGGAGGAUGAAGAAGAGAAAUUUGAGAAAAAGUCUGUGUUGAAAAAUGAAUUCUCCACGAAAAAUCCAGAACUCUUGGCGCAACCGGUGUUGACAGAGAAAAAUGUGAGUUAUUAUUUUAAUAAUUCUCAAUUUUCAAUGAAAUCCCUUGUUUUUCAGUAUAAUUCUGUCGAAAACAAUUCAAAUCUUCGGCCAAAUUCCGAAUCGAUCGAUAUCAAGAGGGAGAUGUGUGCACUGAACAGUUUUUUUUCAAAAUUUUAA